UGGGAAGCUGUGGCCGUAACUCAGCUCUCGGAACAGAUGCAUCCCACCCAGAAAAACAAGAUCUAUUAUAAAGUUAUUAAAAACAUCGAACCGGGGGAAGAGCUGUUGGUGUAUAUGAAGGAGGGAGCCUAUCCCCUGGGAACCAUGCCAGCCACUCUUGAAGAGGAGCAUCCGUUCCGCUGCGAGGAAUGCGACGAGCUCUUCCAGUCAAAGUUGGACCUGCGGCGGCACAAGAAAUACUCCUGCAGCUCCGUGGGUGCUCUUUACGAGACCCUGAGUGAGGAGAUCAAGCAGGAAGGCCUCAGUGAUGGGCAGGUGCAUGAAUGCAAAGACUGCGAGAGAAUGUUUCCCAACAAAUACAGCUUGGAGCAGCACAUGAUCAUCCAUACGGAGGAGCGCGAGUACAAGUGUGACCAGUGUCCCAAGGCUUUCAACUGGAAAUCCAACCUGAUCCGUCACCAGAUGUCCCAUGACAGUGGCAAGCGAUUUGAAUGUGAAAACUGUGUGAAGGUGUUUACCGACCCCAGCAACCUCCAGCGCCACAUCCGCUCCCAGCACGUGGGCGCCCGGGCCCACGCCUGCCCCGACUGUGGGAAAACUUUCGCCACCUCGUCCGGCCUGAAGCAGCACAAGCACAUCCACAGCACCGUCAAACCUUUCAUAUGUGAGGUCUGCCACAAGUCCUACACGCAGUUCUCCAACCUGUGCCGCCACAAGCGGAUGCACGCGGACUGCCGCACCCAGAUCAAGUGCAAGGACUGCGGCCAGAUGUUCAGCACUACCUCCUCUCUCAACAAGCACCGGCGCUUCUGCGAGGGCAAGAACCAUUACAACCCCGGCGGCAUCUUCGCCCCCGGCCUACCUUUGACCCCGAGCUCCAUGAUAGACAAGGCCAAGCCCACCCCCAACCUCAACCACGCGGGCCUGGGCUUCAACGAUUACUUCCCCUCCAGGCCACCCCCGGGAGGCCUGCCAUUCUCCCCCGCCCCUCCGGCAUUCCCCACCCUCACCCCGGGCUUCCCUGGCAUCUUUCCCCCAUCCCUUUACCCGCGGCCCCCUUUGCUCCCACCCACGCCACUCCUCAAGAGCCCCCUGAACCACCCCCCGGAUGCCAAGCUCCCCAGCCCCCUGCGGAAUCCUGCCCUGCCGCUCAUCUCGGCCGUGGGUGCCGGCGGCGGCAACAGCAGCAGCCAGACCCUGGCGGCAGCCGCUGAAGAGGCCUUUGAGGGACCAGCAGCGGAGAACUCGUUCGGGGAGAAGCUCAAGGCGCGGAGGCCCAGCGAUGCCUCAGAUGGCAGCGACUUCGAGGACGUCAACACCACGACGGGCACGGACCUGGACACCACCACCGGUUCGGACCUGGACAGUGACAUAGACAGUGAUCGGGACAAGGCCAAGGACAAGGGCCGACCAACCGGAAGCCAGCCCGACUUCAGCGGGGGCGGUGGGGGCAGCGGCGGAGGUGGCAGUGCCAACGUGACACCCGGCGGUGGGGCCGAGCUGCCCCUCUUCUACUCCCAGCACGCCUUCUUCCCCCCACCCGAGGAGCACCUGCUCCCCACCUCGGGUGCGGCCAGCGACUCCAUCAAGGCCAUUGCCUCCAUUGCCGAGAAGUACUUUGGCCCCGGCUUCAUGGGCAUGCAGGAGAAGAAGAUGGGCUCCCUCCCUUACCACUCCAUGUUCCCUUUCCAGCUCCUCCCCAACUUCCCCCACUCGCUCUACCCCUUCACGGACCGAGCCCUGGGCCACAACCUGCUGGUCAAGGCCGAAUCCAAGCUGCCCCAGGACCUCCCCAAGGUGGGUCAGACAGCUGGCGCUGCCGAGUCCCCCUUCGACCUCACCACCAAGCCCAAAGAGGUGAAGUCCGCGCUGCCCGUCCCCAAGCCCCUCCCCACCCCGGCGCCUGGAGAGGAGCAGCCCCUCGAUCUCAGCAUCGGGAACCGGGUCCGGGCCAGCCAGAAUGGGGGGCGGGAGCCCCGGAAAAACCACAUCUAUGGGGAGAGGAAGUUCGCAGCCAGUGACGUCCUACCUAAGAUCUCUCAGGUCCAGCCCCCCCAGCAGCCGGCCCUGCACUAUGCCAAGCCGUCACCCUUCUUCAUGGACCCAAUAUACAGCAGGGUGGAGAAGCGGAAGGUGGCAGACCCUGCCGGGGCCCUCAAGGAGAAGUACCUGAGACCCUCCCCGCUGCUGUUCCAUCCCCAGAUGUCAGCGAUAGAAACCAUGACAGAGAAGCUGGAGAGCUUUGCAGCCCUAAAAGCGGAUACAGGCAGCGCCCUGCAGCCUCUCCCACACCAUCCCUUCAAUUUCAGAACCCCGCCCCCGACGCUGUCUGACCCCAUCCUCCGGAAAGGCAAGGAACGCUAUACUUGCAGGUACUGUGGUAAGAUCUUCCCUCGAUCAGCAAAUCUCACCAGACACCUCCGAACGCAUACAGGAGAGCAGCCGUACAGGUGUAAAUACUGUGACCGGUCGUUCAGCAUCUCCUCCAACCUCCAGCGGCACGUCCGGAACAUCCACAACAAGGAGAAGCCAUUCAAAUGCCACCUGUGUAAUCGAUGUUUCGGGCAGCAGACCAACCUGGACCGACACCUGAAGAAGCAUGAGCAUGAGAAUGUCCCAGUGAGCCAGCACUCCGGAGUCAUCCCAAAUCAUCUUGGCAUCAGCGUAUCCUCCCCGAACUCGGAAUCUGACAACCAUGCACUUUUAGAUGAGAAAGAGGACUCGUAUUUCUCUGAAAUCAGAAACUUUAUUGCAAAUAGCGAGAUGAAUCAAGCAGCAACUCUAACAGAUAAAAGGCCAGAAAUUCAGGACAUCGAUAGCAGCUCGCAGUGUCACGGGUUACUGAAUGAGAAGUCAGAGGACGUGGAUGAGGAAGAAGAGGAGCUGGAGGAGGAGGAUGAUGACAGUCUGACGGGGAAGUCUCAGGAUGAAACGGUGUCCCCCACCACGGAGCCCCAGGGGACAUACGAGGAUGAGGAAGAUGAGGAGCCCACGUCGCUGACCAUGAGCUUUGACCACACCCGAAGGUGUAUGGAGGAGGAGGACGAAGCCGGCCUAUUAGAUUUGGAGCAGAUGCCGAAUUUUGGGAAGGGGCUGGAUCUCCGCAAAGCAGCCGAGGAAGCAUUUGAAGUUAAAGAUGUGUUUAAUUCCACCUUAGACUCUGAGGCAAUUAAACAGACUCUUUACAGGCAGGCUAAAAACCAGGCUUAUGCAAUGAUGAUAUCCCUCUCUGAGGCUGCUCCUCUUCACGCUUCCUCCCAGAACUCCCUGGACGCUUGGUUGAACAUGGCAGGAGCGGCUUCAGAGUCUGGGGCCUUCAACCCCAUCAACCACCUCUGAGAGGUCCAGGAGGCGGCCCUAGGCCAGAGACAGAU